AUGUUUUAUCGAUCAGAUAAGACCUUAUUUUUGAUAUUUAAUUUGACGUUGACGUUGCAUUUUGUACUAUCAAAAACGGCAAACUCGGAUAUAGCAGAAAUUUUGCAUCGACCUAUUAGAAGUCUAACAUUUCCGAAAAACAGUAAUAUGGGUAUCUUCGUCGCUCUCGCGGUGCCGCUCGAGGAUCCUCUGAAUUCGAUCUCUCUGUCGUAUUUCUUCGAGGCCAACUACGGUUUACCACCGAACAUAACAUACCUGGAGCCCUGGACAGAGGUAAAAAGAAGGAAACGGAAUAUCGACAGAACUACAAUCUAUCGAGUUCUAGAAAGUAAAUUCGAGAGCUCCGGGUAUUCCGGAAGAGAGUGUCUGCUGAGAGCGAUCUGUGAAACCUCGGAAUUUCCGCUUCAACACAACGGGAUGAUCGGCGACAUCAUGCACGUGAUUUUCACUCCGAGUACUUCGAGACACGAGGGACUGCCGCGAGAUGUUGUCGAGGCCGAGGUGGUCGGCCGCAAUGGAAGUUGCGCCAAGUACCAACCGCAAUGCCCACUGGGACUCUUCGACUUGAUUGGAGUCCUCGCGUGAUUCCUGAAAAAUCGUCGCAAGUUUGCCGUGCCACUUUCACAAAGUAAACAAUCUAAUUGCACCGCCGGUGUUGGAAACAUGCUCUCGAUGCCUCCGAUGGAAAUCUCGGUUUCGGAGAGAGAAAUUUCACGUCAAAAAGGAAAUGUGAGUUGAUCGGAAAUUCUGAUCGAAGACAUUGAACGAUGACAAAAUUAAAAAUUAAAUACGAAAAACAUUACUAGCGAAUAUAUUUCGACAUGCAGCCUGUAUCCUAAAUAACAAAAAGUAAAAAGUAUAAACUGUGUUUCAAAUAAAAGUAGUGUUUUAACAUUGGAGACAGCAAUUCAUUUUUGGCCAU